UGCAGACACGACUGGUGGUUCGUGUUUGUUGUGUGUUGUGGGUAGUUGAUGUCGAGUGAGCGGUGCAUAUCGUGCUGUGACUUUUGAUGUAGGUGAGUCGAUGAACUAGACUACACGUGUGUGUGAGGCGUGCACUAUCGGUUCGAGUGUCGUGGAUUAUUUAUUGAUAACGUGAUCAUGAAGUGCGGGCUGGGUUUGAUCCUGGGACUGCUGGUUUCAUUCAGCCGUGCAGAUGAAAACGAAGGACCCGACCACUGGAGACAAGAUGCCAAGUCCGAGUUUGAGAAAGUCUGGAAGCUCCAGCCCAACUACAAGAAGGCCAAGAACGUCAUUCUGAUGGUGGGGGACGGGAUGGGCGUGUCCACCAUCACCGCGGCCAGGAUCUACAAAGGUCAGACCCUCGGACUGAAAGGGGAGGAAUUUAAGCUGAGCUUCGAGAAGUUUCCGUACCAUGCCCUCUCAAAGACGUAUAACCUAGACUACCAAGUCCCUGACAGCGCGGGGACCGCCGUUGCCAUGACGACUGGGAUCAAGGUCAACUUCGGCACCCUGGGGGUAACCGGGGAGGUGAAGUUCGGCACCGACUGCUCGAAAGUCUCCGAGAGCACCAAGCUAAAGACAAUCCUCCACCACGCCCAGGAGGAAGGCAUGUCUGUUGGAGUUGUUACCACAACGACCGUAACUCACGCCACGCCAGCUGCUACCUACGCACGUGUGCCUCACAGAGACUGGGAGUGUGACGAGCCAAUGAAAGCCUUGACAGGAUGCGAUCACGUCAAGGAUAUAGCGUACCAGCUGAUCAAGGAUAAUCCCAACAUCAAUGUCAUACUUGGAGGUGGUAGAAGAUACUUUCUGAACCAAACAAACAGUGACGGAAGUGAGAGAGGUCAAAGGUUAGAUGGGCGAAAUCUCAUCAACGAGUGGAAAGCUGAUAAAAGUAGCAGGAACUUAAAGUACACCUACGUUCAAAACAAAACAGCAUUGGAAAAUGUUGAUGUCAGUAAUACAGAUUUCCUACUGGGCCUUUUUUCACCUGGUCACAUGGAGUAUGACCUGAAAAGAAAUAAAGAUCAGGAUCCUACCUUGCAGGAUAUGGUAGACAAGGCCAUUGGAAUCCUAAAGAAAAAUCCUAAGGGGUAUUUCCUUUUGAUUGAAGGUGGAAGGAUUGAUCACGGUCACCAUAGCAACAAUGCAAAGCUAGCCCUAGGGGAGGCCCAUGCUUUUGAUGAUGCAGUUGAAAAAGUUACUAAGCUGACCUCUGUUGAAGACACGCUAACAAUCGUCACAGCUGACCAUUCACACGUGUUUACAAUAGCUGGCUACCCAGUGAGAGGGAAUAAUAUUUUGGGUCUAACAAAUAUAAAGCUGGAGCCUCCGAAAGAUUUAUUACCCUACACAACGCUGGGUUACCUGAAUGGCCCAGCCAUUGGCAGAAAAAAUUUAACAGACGUAAACACGACAGACAAUGAUUACCAGUUUCCUGGCUGUAUAGAGAUGGGUUACGAAACGCAUGGUGGCGAAGAUGUUGCUAUAUUUGCUCAAGGCCCAAUGGCCCACAUGUUCCACGCCACACACGAGCAGUCCUACAUCGGAAACGUCAUGAUGUACUCUGCCUGUCUGGGAGUCUACAAGAACAACUGUGACCUGCCCAAGAGGACACAAAUGGAUGAAAACGGGAACCCCUGCUCAGGCGUCCAGCACCUCUCGUCCGUUCUAAUCUUGAUACUUGCUGCCUUGGCCACGCUACAACAUGUCUUGUAGACCAUCCAAUCAAACAGCAGAAAUGUUUUUUGCUCAGAGUUACCUCCAAACAGCGCUUCCCUUGUUCCUAAAGUUUUUAAAAAUAUUAUUAUAAUUAUAAGUUUUAUAAUUAAGUUUUAUUAAACUUAAAAUAUUUUUAUGUUAAACUCAAAAAUGUAAAUGUAAUACAUUUCUUUAAACUGUAACUGAUUAUGGCACACAAACCCAGCCUUAACUUACUUCUUACGAAAGUAAACUAAAA